GAUCAGAAUCUAUCUCUUGUCUCCGGCUCCUCGAGGUAUAAAACAAAACGCCCCUUGCUCAUGCUGAAUCCGGAUGAUGAAUAGAAAAAUAGCGUUCCAUAAGAAGAGAUCCCAAAACGCUAUUACGCACAAGGUAAAGAAAUACAACAACUCCCUCAAUUGCCAUAGUCUAUUCCAGACUGGUCGAGUUUGUCAUCCUGUAAAACACUAGAGUAGUAAUUAGCAGGCGCAGUAUCAAGGUCUCUGCGAAAACUCACGAGCAUCGUUUUGCCAAGAUACCCUCGCCCCCAUUCUCCAAAUCGAUAUUAAAAAUGUAAAAACCGCCGUCGCUUGUCACAACCAUCACCUGUGGGCUACUACUGCUCAUAGCAACCACACUGCGUAGAGGCCCACCCGCAGAGUUCAAGCCCGGUUCCCCCUUUGGCAAUUUGAUGAAAGCAAAGUCUCGCUGAGGUUCCCACAUUUCGGUGACAGCUUGAGGCAGAUAGCCACCCACAACCCCAGCAACACUCUUGCCCAUCAUUUGCGACGACCUCCGGAUCAUGCUGCCAAAGGUACCGCUUGGUUUGCGAGCAAUUCCCGGUGGAUCCACAGGCUCACCGUUGUCAGCUGUAGGAGACUCAGCACCGCUAUCAUAACUUCGAGAGCGGGCACGGUUCCACCUUUCGUUCGCGGAGCUUGGAGAGUCCGGUGACUUUGAGACGUGGGCCUCAAGUUUAAAAAUAUGGACAGUGUCGGUGGUCGAGGAGACACACAACAGUGUCGAGCUCAAAUUGAAUGACAUACUGUAAAUUGUCGUUGGAUAGGUACCUCUUCGAAAUUGGUACACCUUUUGCCCUUUUGGCAAGGCAAAGACUCUGAUGACGGUCCCCUUUUCAGACGCAGUGGCGAGUAACGUGCCAUCGUUAUUCAGAGCGAUACAGGACAACGGAGCGCGAUGAGCCUCGACGACAUUCACAGGCUUUAAUUUCAGUGUAUCAAAUAUCAUAACAUGGCCAGUUGUCUGUUCCACGAAACCCGUCAAGGAAGGGGCAUGUGUGGGCCUUUUGUCUCCGGUGUCUUCACGAGCCUUUGGCAACGGGUAUGCGAUGUAACAAUUCUCGGACGAGGGGGCAAGCGCACAUAUAGCAUUCGGAUUUGGCGAGGUGGCGAUGGUGUGAAGUAGAGUCAUGUUCGAUAUAUCGUAAAGAUAAAUCUCCUCCUCCAAUAUCACCGCGAGUCGUUUUCGGUUCAGCCUGACCGCCAGAACAGCAGUCGGAAAAGUCAAUUGGCAAAUUAUUGAGGAUCGCUAUCAGUGGGAUCAGCAUCUUGCACGUGUCGGGAUAUCUGUAGAGCUUACCUUUGUGUUUUGGAUCAUCAAAUGUCGCGGGGAAAGGAUAAGUGCCACCAGCGACGUGGCAAAGAGCAUUUCAAUAAUGGCAACAUUGCCCUCAUCGCUGCUGAAUAUCUUGGAGAAUGGAUCGGUGUGGUAUAUGCGAAAACCCUUGGAAGUACCUAGAGCCAGGUUAGCAGGCAGAUGGCGUGUUCUGUCGCGAGCGGCUCCUUACCCACAGCUAGGCAGCUGUAGUCCUGAUUGAAUGUGACAAAGUUCAUGGCCAUUAUGAAGGGUUUGUCGGCAAAGCAAACGUUGUAUCCGAUGAUAGACUCUUCGUAUGCUGGGUAUGGCGUUGUUCGUGUUGCGCAAGAUGCCAGGACACGAAGGGACCUGAGGCCCGCUGGUUGUGAUGAGUUUGGAGAGCCGAGGUGUUAUUCAAGAGUACGGUGGUCGGCGGUGAGGGCGGACUUUGCGGUCUCGUGGAUAGCAGUGGUCGGCAUGGACAAUGGCACAGCGUCGCGUAGGUGUUUGUGUGGUUUAGGAGUUGAGUACGAGUACUUGAGUAUGGAUCUGGAAUCUCGAGGAGAGGGGAGGGAAUCGCGGGGCAGGCAGCUGAUGCAGGUGUUCUGUAGAGCUGCCAUAGGUAGUUGGAGCUCCAAAGCCACCUUUACCCACCCAGGCACCCCCACAUACGAACGGACAGGGAUACGAUUCACCCAGAAAAGAAUUCAGAAUUCAGCACCACAACACCUUCACCAAAACUCACGAUACACUCAUCGCUGUCCUGCACUGCGGUCUCUGUCAUGACAUGAGCCACCAUAUCUUUGCACCACCUUUCACCAGUACCUCACCCUCCUCAUAAAAUAAGUCUGCUUCCCGCAAUGACGGCAACCAAGUUGGGCCUCCCAAAACAUGGGAAGGUAGCAAGCUCGUUAAUCCAGGAUGAUUUGAUCAUGGGAGUGAGUGUAUUUCGUAAUUAUCCCAGCUUUGCGGAAGUAUGUUGACUUUCUGUGUAGACGAACAACAGUAGCAUCGUAUCAAAACGCAGUGUUGAGCGCCUCUAUUUUGCCAAAGAAUCUCAUUUCUUCCGACAUUUUGUCAAGAAGCCACAGCGGCGCUCUCCCCUAAUCAAUCGCGGCUAUUGGCUUCGCAUGAAGGCAGUUGAUCACGUAGUUCGCCAAUUUCUGGAACAGCCGAAUGAGAAGCGUAAAGUUGUAGUCAACUUGGGCUGUGGAUAGUGAGUUAUAUGUCCUCGCUCUCCUACGUCGCAGCUAGUGCUGACGAGCAGCGAUCCUCUCCCCUGGCAAUGUCUGCAUCUUUACCCAGAAGCAUCUAAAGGUGCUGUUUUUGUCGAUGUGGAUUACAAAGACCUCAUGCUUAGAAAACGCGAGUCGGUGGUUAAAACACCCGAGCUCCAAUCCAUGUUCGCCAACAUGGAAAUUCCCGAGAGUGGUGAUGUUUUUCUACGCAGUGAUGAAUACUUACAAAUUGGGUGUGAUUUGAGAGAUCUUGAGCGUUUGAAUAUGACUCUAAGGGCGGCAGUGGACAUUGAGAACUGCACAGUCCUCUUUGUUGCCGAAGUAUCAAUUACAUAUAUGGAUUUUGAGUUUGCAGACAAACUAAUCAGAUGGGCCAGUACUCUUCCAAAAUGUACGUUUGCCUCAGAUUCACUACGCGAAUGGGCGCUAAUAAAGUAAAGCUCGCUUUUGUCUCCUAGAGCAGAUUCUUCCAGACGGGGUUGACCACCCUUUUGCUCAAACCAUGAUGGCCCAUUUUGACAAGUUGAAUACACCGCUAAGAGCUGUGAUGAGAUAUCCCACUACGGAUGCUCAGAGUCAGCGUUUUCUAGGCUUGGGUUGGAAGAGUGUUGCAAUAAGAAAUCUAUGGGAGCUCUGGAGCUCAAGUGACUUUCUCUCUCCAGAAGAACGACGAGCCCUAGACACAAUUGAGCCUUUCGAUGAGUGGGAAGAAUUCGCCCUAUUUGGGUGUCAUUAUUUCUUGCUUGUAGCAGACACUUCAUUGCCCUCGGCCACCUCAGAAAUCUCCGCACGUCUCUGUAGUUCUGAGAAUGUGACCGGGCCGCAGACAGGAGAAGUCCAAGUCGUAUUUUCUGCAAAUCCAAAGGGGCAGGGCUGUAGGCGCUUUGCCGCAGCAUUGCCGAUCAGAGGCCCAAAGCGGGCUCAGAAAAUGGUUGGAAAUUUUGCCGGCAUGGGCUUGAAGACAAGAACGGACUCGUUUGAUGUGUAUGCUCAGCAAGAUAGCCAGCUACAAAGCUUCUCUAAAGGUUCGUCUGAUUAUCCCUCGAGUCGAAUGUGCCAUACUAUCACAGACCUCGGGGAAUGGGGAUCUCUGCUUGUCGGCGGGAGAGCGUCUCCAGAUAAAGCCCUGAAAGAUUGUUGGCUAUACCAUAAAUGGGUCAAUGUUUGGGAACGAGUUGAUGAUCUCCCUCAGCCACUUUACCGCCAUCAGGCAGUUAAUCUGGGACAGGGAUGUCUUCUUGUAUCAACCGGCCGCGUCAAUUCAUGUACCAUAUCUCAUGAGUAUCUGGUGUGGAGUCGUGAAAAUGGUUGGAUUCAAUGUGACGUCGAGGGCGUCCAUAGCGAUGAAAUUCCUCGUGAAACUUUCGGUUUAGUCUUCGCUGCAUCGGAGCGGCCAUGUUCGUCAGGUUUCCGAGCUGGGUUUCUCACAGGUGGAAUAUCGGAAAAUUCAGUUAUACAACAAGACUUGUGGCGUUGGGAAAUAUACGAUUUCACAACCAAAGUAAGUGCCAACGUUCCCAUGCAGUCAAAUACCGCUUACUCUUCUUAGCACCCACAACUUCGUUUCACUGCUUCGCGUCCCCCUGAUGAAGUACACGGCAGAAACAUCUUGGCUCGGUUUGGUGCAAACGUUGUCAUUCAUAAGGGGGAUACGUACAUCAUGGGUGGAGUCAUAAAAGAUUGCUUACUUUGUGCGUCUGAGGAACUUUGCUCGAUUAACCCUAUUGCGCCUAAUGAGUUGACGGUAAUGCCAUUAUUUGUCCCCUCUGUUCCCAGGCCAAUGUUGAUCGGCCAUACCAUGUUUUCAACUGAAUCUUCUUUGAUCAUAAUGGGUGGUUCAGCAGUUUGUUUUUCAUUCGGGUCGUUCGUAAGUCAUUCUCAAAGACUCGUCUAUUCUUAGCAUUUCAAUUUCGUUUAUACUUUCAAUGCUUCGGGAUCUUUAAGUGAUGUAUCACACUAACAUUUUACAGUGGAAUGCGGGAUCUUACACUAUCUAUCUCACAGCGAAGGACUUUGAAUUACCAACUAAAGUACCAACAGAACCUUGGGCUUACACACAGACGAACUCUUCCAAGCCAGUUGUUUCCACCUCCAUGGGUCAGGGGAACUCGGUCAAAACAACGCCUGAACUGGUUCAAGUACCUCGAAUCAAAAUCCACAAUUCUGACGAGUUUCAAGCACUUCUUAAGACGGGGUCUCCUGUGAUUCUAGAAGGGUUGGAGUUGGGUUCUUGCACCAAACAGUGGACCCCAAGGUUCCUCAAAGAAAGAAUCGGUGAAGACAGAGAAGUAUUGUUCACUAUCCCAGUCCAAAAACCCGAAGGCUGACAUCUUCAGGUAAUUAUCCAUCAAAGCACAGAAGAACAUAUGAAUUUUAAGACCAAAAACUUUGCGUAUAUAAACAAGCCGUUUGGAGAAUUUAUAGAUUCUAUCGGGAAUGGCGAGAGACUUUACUUGCGCUCUCUUUCUGCCGAGAAUGCCAAGGAAGUUCCUGCCUGUUUGGAAAAAGACUACCCUUCCCUUGCGUCUGAUUUUCAGAUUCCAAAAGAACUGGAAUACGUCCUCGGCAAUGCACACUCUUCCCCACUCCGUAUAUCUGGCCCCGUAAAUAUGUGGCUACACUAUGACGUAGGCCAAACUCCAAUUCUUGAUAUCUAACUUUACUGACAUGCAAGCAGGUCAUGGCAAAUAUACUUUGCCAGAUUCGAGGUCAGAAAACUCUACUGCUUUUUCCGCCUUCUGAUGUUUUACAUUUUGAUUUUGAGCCUGGGGCCUCGAGUUCAAGCACAAACGUUUUCAAAGAGCUCCAAACGUUGUACGGGACACACCCUCAAGAGGCGUUGCUCAAUGAGGGAGAUGUUCUAUUUCUACCAUCAUUGUGGCUCCAUGCUGCCUCACCAAUGUCAAAUCUGAGCGUCGCAGUAAACGUCUUCUUUCGGGAUUUACAACAAGGCUACGCUGCUGGCAAAGACGUUUAUGGUAACCGAGACCUCCAAGUAUAUGAGAAAGGACGGCAAGACAUUGAAAAGGUUCUAAAGUCAUUCGAUCGCGUACCUAGUAGCAGUGCCCGCCAGUUUUAUCUGCAAAGAUUAAUAGCUGAGCUGCAGCAGAAAUGCACACGAUCGUGA